UUACCAACCAUCUGUAUGUCCUCUGUUCGGGCUAUGGUGGUGCCCGUCUGUGUGAUGACGAGAUCGGUGAAUCAUCAAGCAGUGCAAAUACACGAUUGAGGGGGAAAUGCGUUGAGUUUUAGAGCUUUAUGUUUUAGUUGUAGUCAGGGGCUCGAAUUUGUUUUGUUUUGUUUUUCUUUUGAAAGAAAUGUAAACAGGCAUUGUUUAAGACCUUGAAAUGUUUCACCAGAAGUUUAAACACUGAAAUAUUUCAACAGUGAAAUUCAUUUAAAAAAUGCUUUGACACCCAUUCUUUUCGAGAUGGAGAGGCGCCCAUAACAGCGUCUGUUAUCCCGUAUAAGUUCAUAGCUCAGUAUGUUUUAAAUACCGUUUAAAAAAAAAAGACCUAUUAUUUCUGGUGAAGCUAAGUGAAAACACAGUCGUGUCAAGAUGUUGUCUGCUCUGAAGAAGCUGGUUGGCUCAGAGCCAGGCCAGGUAAAGGAGAAAACCAUCCCAGCAGGUCUGCAGUCUAUGAAUCAGAGCCUUCAGAGACGCUUUGCUAAAGGAGUACAGUACAACAUGAAGAUUGUCAUUCGUGGAGACAGAAACACCGGUAAGAGCACUCUAUGGCACAGACUGCAGGGGAAGAAAUUCCGAGAAGAAUACAUUCCCACUCAGGAGAUCCAGGUCACCAGCAUCCACUGGAAUUACAAAACCACAGAUGAUGUUGUAAAGGUGGAGGUAUGGGAUGUGGUGGAUAAAGGCCAAAAAAUCCCUCUCCCAGAGGGAGGAGGCAAAGCGAAGAAAUGGGGUGAUACCUUAAAACUGGAAAAUGAACCUCAAGAGCAGACGGAUACGGAGCCAGCUCUGGAUGCUGAGUUUCUGGACGUCUAUAAAAACUGCAACGGUGUUAUCAUGAUGUUUGACAUCACGAAGCAGUGGACUUAUAACUACAUUCUGCGAGAGUUGCCGAAGGUGCCCACCCAUGUACCCGUGUGUGUCCUUGGCAACCACCGUGACAUGGGCGAGCAUCGCGUUAUCCUGCCGGAGGACAUCCGUGACUUCAUCGCAGGACUCAACAGGCCUUUAGGCUCCUCUUACAUCCAUUAUGCAGAGUCUUCCAUGAAAAAUGGCUUUGGUCUCAAAUAUUUACACCGGUUUUUCAACAUCCCUUUCCUGCAGCUUCAGAGAGAGACACUGCUACGUCAGUUGGAGACGAACCAGCUGGAUAUGGACGCUACGUUGGAGGAGCUCUCUGUGCAGCAGGAGACAGAAGACCAGAACUACGAGAUUUUCCUAGAGAUGCUGGACUCCCGCAGUAAGGGCUACAGCUCUCCUGGUGCCACUAAUGGCCAGAGCCCUUCUUCAGGAUCCCAGUCGCCUGUAGUGCCCCCUAGUGGAGACUCCACUACCAGCUCCAGUCCUGGAAGCCCUCAGCCACCCCUCCCCUCUAAAACCCAGCCAUCCAAUUCUCCCUCUCCCUCCCCCUCCCCUUCACCUCCUCCUCCACCUCCUCCAGUCUCAACCGAGUCACACGCUCCAGAGCUCCCUGCUCAGUCCUCCUCCCCCUCCUCCUCCUCCACUCCUGGCCAACCCGCGCCUGUUACCACGGCAACAGCUCCAGCACCACCACAGAAACGCGGCUUCAUCGCACGGCUUUUCGGAUCCGUGUCAGCUCCAGAACCUCCAGCCCAAACCCAACCAGAGCCUGAUCCUCCAGCCCCGGCCGACCCUCCCGUGGUUCAGAGCGUGGAUGACUUUGUGCCGGAUGGAGGACUAGACAGAAGUUUCCUGGAGGACAGUCUCCCGACCAAAACUAAGAUGGACCCCCAGCCUGUGCCUGCCUCCCUGGACAGCGACAGUGAGGGGGAGGAGAAAGGAGGAAACCCUAUGGUGGCUGGUUACCAAGACGAUUUAGAUCCGGAUGAUACCGCACCCGGUGCUGGACCGAAACCUCCGAACAAAGCCCUGGACAUCGCCCUGUCUAGUGACGAAGAGGAGGAGAAGGAGACAGCGCCGGCUGUAACGCAAGAUGAAGAUCCAGAUGUGGAAACUGAUGAGCCACUGGAGUCCAUGAACACACUCACUCUGGAAGACAAACCUAGUGCCACAGAGACAGCACCUCCCACAGAACGGGUAGAGGAAAACGCCGGCAGCCAAAGUCUAGAGGCUGUCUCCUCCGCCCCCAUCCUUAGCCCCACCCCAGCAGCACCCGCCCCAACCCCACCCAAACACCAGAGCCACAGCAAAGAGGAGACGGCUCAGGCUGAAUCCUCCGACACCGACCAGGACGUUCCAGUCGCCCGGCAGAUGCUCUCCUUCAUCAUGGACGAUCCCGACUUUGAGAGCGAUGAGGACAAGGUGCAGAAGGUGGCAAAGGACUCCUUCCCUGCGAGGGCUGAACUCCCUGACCUCUCCGACGAUGACACUAUGACCCCAGCCCAAGCCGCAGAGCCUCCAAAGUCCUCCAUCCGCUCCUUCAAAAGCCAGGACGACGGGGACCUCUUCGGUUUGGGCUUUGAGGAGAAAUCCGUCAAAAGCAAAGACAGCAGUGAAGAACAAGAUGAAAGAGAAAGUAAGCACUCCACAAAGGAGAAAAAGAAAAAGAAGAAGAAAAGUAAAGAGGAGGAAGACAAAAGCGGCAAGAAACGUCACAAACAUAAGAAAAAAGAGAAGGAGGAGGCAGGAGGAAGCGGCGACCAGAAGGAGAAGGAGAAGAAAAAGAAAAAGUCACGCAGCAAAAAAACGAGCGACGUGGACGACCUGGAAGCAUUUUUGGCAGGGGGGGAGGGGUCAGCCGCGAGAGAGGACGGAGACUACGAGGAACUAUAGAAGUCGCGGGGACGUUCGCCAAGUUCGAACUCCACAACGCGGGGAGCGGGCAUGUGUGUGUGUGUGUGUCUGCGUGUGUGUGUUCGGUGGGGUUGGCCAUCUCUGAAGAGCAUUUUCACACAUAUGCAAUACAUACUGAAGCGGAGAUGCUGAUACACACUAAGCUGUCAGAGGCAAGCAAAGACCACAGCAGCCUAGCUCUGAUACUGAAAACCACACCGUAGGACUUUCCAUUGACCAUAAAAGACAGCUGCAGCUUUCACCUGUCUCUGCCAAAGGAGGACAACAUGGGGAAAAAAAACAACAACAAAAAAACGCAUCUCCACACGCUGUGCUCAAACUGCAAUAAAAAAUAUAAGCCAUCGACAGGUGACUCAUUUUGCGUGAUAUUCUCACAGUGUCAAAACCUGGUUUUAGGGGAUACCGUAUUUAUCAUUUACCUGCUGUUUUUGUUUUUAUAAUUUUUUUGGUUUUAUAAUUUUUUUUUCAUUCACAGUUCGGUAGGAACAAACCACUCAGCCUUUUGUUGUUGUGUAUCCAUUUUGCAUUGUAUGUAAUUUGCAAUUUGCUGUAGAACAUGAUUUCCUUGUUCAAAGUUGA